CCAGCCCGGGGCAGCAAGACCUGCCCUCGGCUGCCGGCUGGGAAGGCGCGCGGGGAAGCGGGAAACUGACAUCCCACCAGGACCCGCCCCUCCGCCGCCGCCCCAGAGUUCAAGGGCCCCCACCGGCCUCCCGCGCUCCUGCGGCCGGGACCCUCGACCGCGGCGGAGCGGCCGGCUCGGGCCCGGGGAAGAUGGCGAGGAGGAGCCGCCACCGCCUCCUGCUGCUGCUGCUGCGCUACCUGGUGGUCGCCCUGGGCUAUCAUAAGGCCUAUGGAUUCUCUGCCCCAAAAGACAAAGUAGUCAAAGCAACAGAAUACCAAGAGAUUAUUUUAGCCUGUAAAACCCCUAAGAAGACCAUUUCCUCCAGAUUAGAGUGGAAGAAACUGGGGCGGAGUGUCUCCUUUGUCUACUAUCAACAGGCUCUUCAAGGUGAUUUUAAAAAUCGAGCUGAGAUGAUAGGUUUCAACAUACGGAUCAGAAAUGUCACGAGGAAUGAUGCCGGAAAAUAUCGUUGUGAAGUUAGUGCCCCAUCCGAACAAGGCCAAAACCUGGAAGAGGAUACAGUCACUCUAGAAGUGUUAGUGGCUCCAGCAGUUCCAUCCUGCGAAGUACCCACUUCUGCUCUGAGUGGAACAGUGGUAGAGCUACGAUGUCAAGACAAAGAAGGGAAUCCAGCUCCUGAGUACACAUGGUUUAAGGAUGGCAUCCGUUUGCUGGAAAAUCCAAAACUUGGAUCCCAAAGCACCAACAGCUCAUACACAGUGAAUGCAAAAUCUGGAACUCUGCAAUUUAACACUGUUUCCAAACUGGACACUGGAGAAUAUUCCUGUGAAGCCCGUAAUCCUGUUGGAUAUCGCAGAUGUCCCGGGAAACGAAUGCAAGUAGAUGAUCUCAACAUAAGUGGCAUCAUAGCAGCCGUAGUAGUUGUGGUCUUAGUGAUUACUGUUUGUGGCCUUGGUGUGUGCUAUGCUCAGAGAAAAGGCUAUUUUUCAAGUAAGUAAGUUUUACCCUUCUUUGAUAGACAACUUCCCAUGAAUAUACAGUUUUCUUACGAG